UUUUAAAUAUGGACAAAACACCAUCGGUCACCAAGCUGAUCGAAUCAAACCUUAAAGACUCCUUGCAAGAGCCAUGUGAGGAGGUCACCUCCAAAGUAGUAGAGCUAGUCCAAUCUGACCGUAAGCAUGCCAAGGAAGCCGUAGGAGUCUUUACCAAAGUUUUUAAGAGUGAGAAGUACAAGAGAUGCUAUUUGGCGCUCCUCAUGCUCGAACAAAUUUCAAAACAGGGAACUCUCCAGUUCCACGAGUACCUUUCCCAAGAAGAGUUUAUGAAAGAGUUCAUGAAGUGUUUCAAAAUUUUAAGGGGCAAAGGAGGCUUCUUUAGUCGCUGGGAAAGCAAGAAGAGCAAAGAAUUACGAGAAAAAUUGGAAGAACAAGGGCUUUACAUGCUUCAGUUAUGGGCUGAUACGUUUAUGAUGUAUCAAGACACAUAUCCUGGCUUCCAGAAGUAUUUCAGGGAAUUGAAAGUUGAAGGGAUUAAUUUCCCACAAAGGCUCAAAAUGGAAGAGACUAUUAUGAAUAACCUUGAGGGUAUCAAUUCACCGAUGUAUGAAUUUGUACUACAGGCUGAGAAGAAAAGGGACGAAGAGCCUCCUUCGAAGAAAAGUAUUGCCACUCAAGAGAGAAAGAGUAACAGCAGCCAGAAGAGAACGUCUAAUUUAGGCCGUAAAUCUAACCUGGAUGAGGUAAAAGAAGAUCCAUUUGAAGCAGAGGACAAGAUAGAUAUUGACCCAGAUAUUGAACUAGCUGAUAUUAACAUGAAGCUCAAAGAGCUUGAGGAUAACCACGACUAUGUAGAAGAUGAGCAGAAGUUUAUAGAAGAGAUUGAAGCAGCCAGCUACAAGAAGUACCAGAAUGAAGACUUUGACAAAGCUAUAUUUGAGCUUUCAAAAAGCCACUUCGAUAGACUCGAUGACAUGCUGACAAAUUGUGAGGCAUACACUGAUAUUGUAACUGACGUAAUCAUCGAAAUGUUUGAAGAAGCUCUUAAAGGUAAAAUGAAAUGUGAAAAGGUCAUGCAGAUCAGGAAGAUUCAUAACCUUGAAGGUGCUAAUGACAAAGACGCAAGAGAAAGCCUGAUCCAUAUGAAUUUAAAAAUCCAUGAUUUUAAGGAAAAGUAUUACCUUCUGAAGGACCGUCAGAUCCGUGAAUAUAACAAAGCUAAAAGAACUGUUGAGAAGAGAAAGAGGAAGAUUCAGAAGGAAAAUGACAGAGCUGAGAGAAGACGCAAGAGAAGAGAAGACAAACUUGCUAAGCUAAAGAAACAGCAGAAAGCAGCCAACCCAUUUGAUGUCAACGAUGAUGAAAAUGAGGCUAUUGGCACCCAACCUAUUGACUUGACUAUUAUCUCGGAUAGUGAUACUGAGUCUUCCCAUAGCGAUAGCUCAGAAAGUGAGAAAUCUAAUAUUGAUAGUGAUGAGGAUGGGCUCCAUGCUCCUAAGACAAUGCAUGAGAUUAGGCUUCAGGAAAUGGAGAGGAAAAGAGUCAAGAACAACAAGAAGAGAGAUAAGGAGAUCAAGAAGAUCCUGAGGGAAAAAGAGAAACAGAGACAGACUACUGUUAACAACACCGCAGCCCAGAAUGGAGGAGGCUUUUUGAGGAGCUCAGUUUUGGUCCAGAAGACUCUUAAUUUCUUUGGAAGAGGAAGCAAGCCCAAGGAAAUUUUGGUCCAGGAGUCUGAUGAUGAUGAAGAGGAUAUUCAAGCUGUGAAAAUCGAUGAUAACGAAAAAGUAGAGGAUCAUGAAGGAGACAACGAUAAAGAAGAUAAUCAAAAUAAUGAGAAUGAUUCACCUUGCGCCGAGAAGAAAUCUGAUCAGUCUCCAAAGUUGAAUGAGUUUUUUGUGCAAACUUCAACACAGCAAACUGCAUCAAAGUCUGAGGAUAAAGAGAAUUUCUGAGAGAAACCAGUUGAAGAAGUCUGUAUUGAAGAAUUAAGAAUGAAUGAAGAUAAAGAGGAUAGUGCAGAAAAGUCAUCUAAUGCAUCUGAUGAAGAAGAGGAUAAACUAGAUGAUACAACAGAUUUCUUCUCCUACCAAAAGAAACCUCCAACCGGGCUUCCUCCACUUUCAAAGAAGAAUAAAUCAAACUUUGAGAAAGGAACUAAAGGAGUAAAGAAGUUGAUGGCUCCUCCUAAAGCUUUGGGAACCAGACACAGUGUUUUGCAGCAGCCAAACUUCCUGAAUUUAUUAGAUGAACCCCAAUUUUAAAAUUACUCAAUUCAAUUUGAAUU